AUGGCGAAAAUUUCCCGCAAGGAGAGGUUUUACAGUAGCAUUGGAAUGCUUCUUCAUGUGCUGUUUGUGGCUGGUCCUUUGGAUUUUUGGUACUGGAUUCGGGCCAGCCUGAAGUCCGUAAACGGACGUACCAUUGUUAUCACGGGUGGUGCAUCUGGUAUUGGUAAACGAUUAGCUGAAUUAUUCGCCAUACGUUUGGGUGCUAAAGUUGCUAUUUUGGAUAUCAACCAACAUGGUGCGCAGGAGACAGUGGACAAUAUUGUUGAAAGUGGUGGGAUUGCACAGUGCUGGAAAUGUGACAUAAGCCAGAUGGAGGAGGUGAACGAAUGCGCACGACAAAUUAAUGUCGCAUUUGGAAAUGUUGAUAUCAUAAUCUGUAAUGCAGCAAUUUUGUAUAUCGGAGGAAUGCUGGAUUUGACGACAUCUCAACUCCAAAAAUCGCUCGAUGUCAAUGUAAUAGGAACGAUCAACACAAUUCGUGCAUUUCUUCGCUCGAUGGAACAACGAAAUGAGGGACAAAUAGUUGCAAUUUCGUCAAUUGCUGGUUUUUGCGGUGAAACGAACGGUAUUGCAUAUUGCAGUACGAAAUUUGCGGUAAGAGGUGUAAUGCAAUGUUUGGAAAUGGAAAUGAAGGACAAAGGCCUGAACGGUAUACGAUGCACAACGGUAUGUCCGUAUUUCACACGAACACCGAUGAUUCUAAAUUUACGAAUGAGGCCCACAUCUAUAUGGCUGCCAUUCAUGUCCGUUGAUCGUUGUGCAUGCGAAAUUGCAGAUGCCAUUCUGAUGGAGAAAAACAUCGCAUUCGUGCCACAUUAUGUUAGUAUCAUUGCACAGUUGAAAGGCCUACUAUCAAAACGUGUGGAAGAUGCCUGUCGAGAAUACUUAAAUUGUCGCUAUGAGCUGCUGAAGGAUGAAGAAAUAGAAAAGAAGGAAAUAACAAUUGCCAAGAAGACGGAUUACUUUAAAGAGCUGGACGUUGGCAAGAAAUAUAUGUUGCUUACCACUUAUCUCGUAUUAAUGACCGGUUAUCUGAUGAUGCAAGGUGCCUUACAAAACGUGCUGCAAUCAUUAUUACUCUUCAUCACUUCAUCGAAUCUCGUCCUGGCAAUUUGUGCAUUGCAUAUGACAUGGUAUGAUCCACAUUGGUUUGGUCAAUUUGGUAUACCAGGAAAAUUUCUGGAACUUCUAGGCGCACGUUUUCCCUCAAUUUUCAUAGCAACCAAUGUGUUCGCACUGAUAGUGCAUUGUGGGGAAUCUCUCUAUUCUCUGAAAUUGUGCGGUCUGCUGCACAUGUCACGAAAUAAUACGCUGAAAUGGAUGUUGCAAACAUUUAUUCUUGGCUAUCCAUCACUACAAAUACUCCUCAAUCGGAAUAUAGCGUGUCGGGAUCGAUGA